AUGUCCUGCAAGAUGCGCGGCUGCGACAUGCCGGCGUUGGCGGCCACCCGCCCUGUGAUCUGCGAGGAGUGCUACAUGGACUGCAUCGCCGCCUCCGGCAACUGCCCAGGCUGCAAGGAGGCCUACUCCGCCGGCAGCGACACCGACGACUCCGUCGACGAGGACGACGACGACGCCAUCUCCUCGUCGGAGGAGAGGGACCAGAUGCCCAUGACAUCCAUGUCCAAGCGCUUCUCCAUGGUGCACUCCAUCAAGAUGCCCAUGCCCAGUAGCAACGGCAAGCCGACCGACUUCGACCACGCCCGGUGGCUCUUCGAGACCAAGGGCACCUACAGCUACGGCAACGCUCUAUGGCCCGAGAACGAGCACGGCGGCGGCGGCAACAGCGCUGGGGCCACCUCCGGAUUCAUCGGCAUCGAGGAGCCGCCCAACUUCGGUGCCCGCUGCUGCCGGCCCCUGACGAGGAAGACCAGCGUCUCUCAGGCCAUACUCAGCCCAUACAGGUACCAAUUCCUCGCAAUGCAUGCGCCACCGACCUCGGAGCCAGUGCUUGGCGGUGAGCCGGCGGAGUCCGGUGCGCUGAUCGACACGACGGGCGUGGACAUCCGGCUGCCGAUGUUGGUGUAUGUUUCGCGCGAGAAGAGGCCGGGGUAUGACCACAACAAGAAGGCCGGCGCCAUGAACGCGCUGGUCAGGACGAGUGCCAUCAUGUCGAACGGGCCCUUCAUCCUCAACCUGGACUGCGACCACUACGUGCACAACUCGGCGGCACUCCGCGAAGGGAUGUGCUACAUGCUCGACCGCCGCGGCGACCGUGUCUGCUACGUGCAGUUCCCGCAGCGGUUCGAGGGCAUCGACCCCAACGACCGGUACGCCAACCACAACCUCGUCUUCUUCGAUGUCGCCAUGCGCGCCAUGGACAGGCUGCAGGGCCCCAUGUACGUCAGAGGCUGCAUCUUCCGCCGCACCGCUCUGUAUGGGUUCAGCCCGCCGCGCGCCACCAAGCACCACGGCUGGCUCGGCACGAAGAUCAAGCUGUUCCUGCGGAAGCCCACCAUGGGGAAGAAGACGGACAGGGAGCUGGUCAUGGCGAUUUUGCAAAAAUAACCCCGAAUCGAGUAGUAUUCACCCUAGGAUCGACUAUGUGGCGGUCAAAGCCUAGCUGGCGGCCGCUGACUCGGCCAAGUCAGCGAAUACGUAAACAAAAUCGUACAUACGGACCAAAGUGAACCCUGUGCGCAAGUAUAUGGACCGUAGUUCGGGUAUUUUGAAGUAGUGGUACCAAAGUGU